UUCAUCAAUCCGCCCAUCCAGACAACCCUCCGUCACUGAAGGGUUCUAUGACCCGCAGACGCUGACUUCAUAUGUAUUUCUAUUCCCGAUCACUGAACACACCGACCUCGCCCAAGGAUAUUUAAAUCUUGAACAAAUCAAGGUCUCUUUUGAACUCGUCCCUCUCUAUCACACAACCUCUUCACAAAUGUUUAACUGGCUCUGGAAAGCGCGGCUCAACCAUAUCAUCGAGGCGAUUGAAGAAAUCGACGACAAAAUAUCCCAGACCGAGACGCACGAUAUCACCAUUCGGGAGCAGGAGUCAGAGAUUCCCUUUAUCUGGCUCAAGUACAGCAGCAUCGUCUACUUGCUCUAUCUGCUUGCGUACUUCACAUUCCUCGCUCCCACCAUCGACGAUGAUUUCCAAGUCUGGGCCGCCAAAUUUGCGCCACUGAUCACGACGCCGCUGGUCAUCUACCUCGGCUAUCAGUGGAUUCACAAGUGGUACCUCCGCAAACGGAAAUAUGCAGCAAUGAGCCUCGAGAAACUCAAGACCAGCCGCAUCGCGCAGAUCAAGAAGCUCAAGGUAGCCGUCCAAUAUGACAAGAUCAAGAGGCUGAUUGAAAAGGACAGCGAGUCGCAUGCCGGAUCAAGCAAGCCCAAGCCUAGACCCAGCCAGCCUCCUGUGAGAGUUCCUGCGCAACAGCCUGCACGAAUUCCUGAAAGCGGCGUCACCAUGCGUCUGACCCAGAGCUCGGCUGCCCCAGGCCAGAGGAUCGAAGCCGGGAGACCUGCCUUUCCUCCUCAGCCUACUGGUGGACCAAAUGUUCCAGGACAGGGUCCGCUCCAUCCUUCUGUGCCUCUGCAGCCUACAGGAUCGCAGGCCUGGCUAAACCCUCUUUUUGAGCUCAUCGUGGGCCCAAACGAGAAUCCCUCAAGCACCACCUUUACUCUUGUCUGUGUCCGAUGCCGCGGCCCCAAUGGAUUUGUUUCGGAACUCCCAGAUUCCUUCACCUGCAAACACUGCGGGCUCGUCAAUCGCCGGAUAGGAACGCCUCCGUCCAACCAGGCCGAUCUGCUGGCCUCCGACCUUGCGAUGACUCGGUCGCAGAGCCUCCCACCAAUGCACGAGAAGGAUGCUUCGAACUUUGAGGCGCCAUCGACGCAGCGAUCGGCCAGCGUGGUUUCACCCAAGCGCCGCGGACGAUCCCUGGAGAGACGCACAAGCCCGUCAAAGUCAUCAAAGUCUGUUCCGAGCAUGAUCGGCCCCGAGGAGCCGGCUGUGGACGAAUCUGUGGAUGCUGUCUCUGUUGAAGCAGAAUCGUCGACUGCACCCGUGGCCCUGGAGACUCUGACGGGCGAUGCUGUUGAGACUGGCGCAGAGUCAGUGGCUGCCGAAGCGACUGAGCUGCUCCCCGAGACGGCUGAGCGCAUUGGUGAGGCCCAAGUUUCACAUCAGCAGAUAGCAACGGAGGACGGAGGUGUCCUGGAGCUGGUUGAUCCCUCCCAGGCAAACCUGGGCUCGCGCCAACGGGGACCACGCACGUCGGAGCAACCCGAUGAGCACUGAGGCGCACGGCGGUAGAUACCCCUAUGGGCUAUUUGCAAGAUGGCCGCCGUAGCUGUGCUGGGCGCUGGUGAUGAUGGCCGUGUCCAGCUACUAGCAAUUUUGUUUGGCCUGCCGAUGGAGAAGUACUGUGUCCAGCAUGAUCCCUUGUAUCGACACUGGGCAAGGAGAGGCCCCAUACCUCUAUACAUCUUGCGCUCACCCACACCCACACUCACGCUCACGGUGACAUUCACACCCACACCAGCAG